AUGGCAAAGACGAGCAUCGGGAAAGCUGUCCCGGCUAAGGCUUCUUCGUUUGGGGACAAUUUCCGCACCAGCAAGAAGGAUAAGCGGCAAAUCAAGCAUGCGACCCUGAUGUCAAAGAUCGCAAAGAGCUCCAAGACUCCGAAGAAGCGCCGACCCUCGAAAAAAUUGGUUGCCAACCUCGAAUCUCUCGCUGAUGCGCUGCCCGAUGCCGCUGACGAAUCGCACGAUGCCUCCAGCCAGGUAAAUGUGAUCAAGCAGACGACUCUUCGACACAAGCCCGGUGCGAUGAAGCGGCGGGAGAAGCUAGAGAAGGUGGAACGCGCCCGGUUUGCGAAGAACAUGGCACAGAUGUCGGGACUGCCGUCAGCUGCAGCUGGAAAUGCUGCCGAAGUGGCUCCUGAAUCCAACCCGACUGCCAAUCGCUGGUCUGCGCUGCGGAAUUUCAUCUCGCAGACGAUGGAACAACAGCCUGUGUUCAAGGCGAACCAAUGA